UUCUCUGGUGGUGUGCGCGUGUCCAUCUAUCAAAAGGCAACUACCUCCUUCCUACUUAUCUACCCCCACACCCUUUCAAUGCUAGCAGCCCUUCUUCUAUUUAUAUACCCAACUCUUCUCUUCUUUUCUUUUCAUUCUCAAACGCUAUUCAAUUCUCACUCACUGCCAUGGCUCCUUCUUUCGACACAAACACUCAAACAGUUUGCGUCAUGGACGCUUCCGGCCACCUAGGUUUCACCCUCGUCCAGCGACUCCUCCAACGAGGCUACACCGUCCAUGCCUCUCUCCAAAAAUAUGGGGAUGAAGACCUACUCAAUGGGAUUUCCGCAGACUCUAAUAAGCUCAAGGUUUUUCGAUCUGACCCAUUCGAUUACCAUAGCAUAAUCGAGGCACUCCGAGGCUGCUCUGGUUUGUUCUACACGUUCGAACCUCCACAUGACCAACCAAAUUAUGACGAAUACAUGGCAGACGUGGAAGUAAGAGCUGCACACAACGUGUUGGAAGCCUGUGCCCAGACAGAGACAAUGGAUAAAGUGGUUUUUACUUCCUCAGCAACCGCAGUAGUUUGGAGAGAGGAUCGCAAGACCAUGGAACUGGAUCUGGAUGAGAGACAUUGGAGUGAUGUUAAUUUCUGUCGCAAAUUCAAGUUAUGGCACGGUGUGUCGAAGACAAUGGCUGAGAAAAGUGCUUGGGCCUUGGCAAUGGAUAGAGGAGUGAAUAUGGUGUCCAUCAACGCUGGCUUAUUGAUGACUCAUGAUCUCACCAUCCAACACCCUUACCUCAGAGGAGCUGCUGAGAUGUACGAGGAUGGUGUUUUCGUCACCGUUGAUUUACCUUUCUUGGUGGAUGCCCAUAUCUGCGUCUACGAAGAAGUCUCAUCUUACGGUCGUUAUUUGUGUUUUAAUCACAUCAUCAACACCCAAGACGACGCCGUUCAGUUAGCUCAAAAGUUGACUUCCGCUGCUGGUUCUUCCUCGUCGUCUUCAUCCUCUCCAUCGCCGCAAAGUGGUGACCUCGGUAAGGGUUUUAUCGAACAGAAAAUUAGCAACAAGAAGUUGAACAAAUUGAUGGUGAACUUUGAAGCUUGAUUGAAGCAGUCACCUUGUAUGUUGUUCUGCGGGAGAGUAUUCGUGUGCAAAAUGUAACAGAAAUUUGUAUCAUUAUACACAUUAAUGUAUUUUCAAUCAAAUAAUCAUUUCUUUAUUUGUUUUAA